AUGAUAUCUUGGCGGGGUGCUGCAGCAGCUGCUGCAGCAGCGGUGGCAGCAGGAUCAGUGCCUUUGCGCGCCCUAGCUCACCCCUCCCACACAGAGCAGCCGCCUCGCCGACCAGAGAGUUGGAUACAGGUUACUUUGGUGUUCUUGAACUGCUUUGCAUGCGGUACGAAGGAGGCUCUCUUAGCACGAAAAGUUGUGCGUGCCGCUGAAUUUCAGGGUGCCUUCGUUGGGGCCUUUUUAGGCUUAGGCUUGUUGCAUUUGAUGCCAGAGGCGGUGUCUCAGUUGGAAGCCUCGGGAGUGGUAUUGCGGCUGGGGCAUGGCGACCAUGAGCACCCGUACAAUGCGGCUUACGUGCUGGCGGCUGCUGGACUUACACUGAUGCUUAUCAUGGAGCAGAUGUGCCUUGCUGUCUACCUUGUUGUGGCUACUGCAGAUGGGCACCACCACGGUGACUCCUUGUCGAGCUUGAGCGCAGCAAGCGCCGUCAAUGAGCACUCGCCGGCAGCUGGUGCAGCCCUGCCUCACCCUGCGCAUCUGCAUGCGCAGCAGCACGGCAGCUGCAGCGAGGCGGCUUACUGCCCCGAGUGUGAAGACUGCGUGGAAGCGCAUACUGCAGCAAACGAGCACGAUCUCGGGUCUGCGUUGAUGCCGCUGUGUCUAUGCCGCACUGUUAAAGCGGUGCUUCUUGUAUGUGUCGGUUGUUGGCGUCAUGUUGCAGCUGCCUUGCGGUGGGCUGGUGCUACAGGGCGGAAUCGCUCGGAUGAGGCCUAUCUGUUGCAGAAGCUGCAGCAGCAGCUGCAGCACGAGAAACCGACAGCCUCGAAAGGAGGGUCAAAGGUUCCGUUGGCGGCUGCCCUUGGAGCGCAUGCAGUUUUGGAAGCAAUUGUUGUCGGAAUGACGAGGACGACAGGAGACGUAUGGAUUUCAACGCUGGCAAUUUUGGGGCAUAAGGGUGCAGAAGCAGUUGCCCUCUCCUCUGCGUUGCUCAAGGCUCGAACGUCCGGUUGGGUAAAGCUCGCGUGCCUCUUUGUAUUUGUUAUGGCAACACCAAUCGGAGUCUUGAUCGGAGGUGCUGCUGCUGUUGCAGAGUCUGCUGCGGCGGGUGUCUUGAACGCGCUGGCUGUUGGAAUCAUUCUCUAUGCUUGCAUUGAGAUGCUUGCCGAGUUCGAGGUGAAGGCCCGUUUUCCGCGUCGCAUGCUGCGGUGCUUUGCAUUUUUGUGCGGCUUGGGGCUUUUAUUUGGCUUGGACUUGUUGCAUGCCCCCGUGUGUCAUCAUAGCCAUAGCCACGAGCACAACCACAGCCACAGCCACAGCCACGCUGAGGAGGAUGUCUCUGGUGCUAGCGCAGCUGUUGCUACCGUACUGGAAAGGAGCCAUCUGCGGCACUUGCACUAUGACCCCUCUACCCGUCAUGUCGUGCACCAUCACGAUGAGGAGUAUCAGAACCUUCCUCGUGCCUUAACCGGUGCAGCAGACGCAGGUGCACGUGCAAAUGCGUCUGCAUCCACCCCAUAG